AUGUUCAAGGCGUCCAUUCUUUUUGCGUUCACCGCGUUGGCGGCCGUCGUCUCAGCCGCCCCCGUGGCCCCUGCCGUGAGCGAUGUCCAGGUCCUCCAGCUCGCGCUCACGCUCGAGCACCUCGAGAGCACGUUCUACAACACGGCUCUCGACAAGUUUACCGCACAGGAUUUCGAGAACGCCGGGUACCCAGACUGGGUCCGCGGCCGCUUCGCUCAGAUCGCGGGUCAUGAGGCCACGCACGUCCAGUUCCUCACCCAAGCCCUCGGGGCCAGCGCCGCCCCCGCCUGCGAGUACGACUUCGGAACAUCGAUGGACGACCCGACAUCGUUCGCGAAGAUGUCGCGCAUUUUUGAGAACGUUGGCUCAUCUGCGUACCUCGGGGCUGCAAGCCUCAUCCAGAACAAGGAUUACUUGACCGCUGCAGCGUCCAUCCUCGGCGCGGAGAUCAGCCAUACUGGAUGGGUCAGCUCGUCCGUGCUGAAGGUGCAGCCAUGGUCCGGGUCGUUCAGCGUCCCACUUGCCCCGAGCGCCGCUUUCUCUCUCGCGCAGCCUUUCAUUAAGUCCUGCCCCCAAGAAUAUCCUCAGCUCCCCGUCAAGCAGCUUCCCCAGCUCACGUUGUCCAACGCGCAGCCCCAACUCGGCUCCACGGUCAGCCUCUCGUUCCCCACUGCCAACUUCAGCAACAGUACACUUUACGCCGCGUGGAUCGACGGGCUGACGGUGGAAUACACCGCCAUCAACGCCAAAGGAUCGACCCAGGUUCCGAACGGCUUGCAGGGUGUCGUCUACGUCGUGGUGGUGUCGUCUAAGGAGACGCCGAGCGAUGAUAACCUGGUCAGCGGCGCUUCGUUGAUCGCGUAUGACUUCAACUCCUAUGCGGACAACACCGUGUCUGGAUCGCCGGUGCAGUAG